UCAGGGGCGAUCAGGGGUGGCCAUCCAUCCAUCCACAUAUAUGCAACACUCAGUGACAAAAUGAGACUAACCCCGACCAAGCUGUUAAAUGACCCUACAGUCAUUUUGGGGUGAGGGUCGUCUUCCAGGGGGACCCCUGGGAUGGGACAGACGGAGGAACGUGUCGAAUGACAUGGUCUAGGUUUACCCAGUUGUCAUUUGGGCGCACAUGCUGCCCACAAUAAUAAUGCAGUUACCGUCAGUGGGAGUCACGGAAGUCCAUGUAGGCAUCCGCCACAUCUUUGCGCUCUGUCAUUCUUUAGCGAGGCGGUCCAGGACGUCGCCAACAGCUUUUUCCAGUAGAUGGAAUGUAAAUCUACUAAUGAUCAAUAACACAGAUACAAUAUGAAUUAUUUGUAUUUUUUCUCGCUGCUUGUAUUAACAGGACUGGCUCGGUGCUCAGAGGAUGAAACCCGCCUGGUCAAACAGCUUUUCACUGGCUACAACAAGGUGGUUCGUCCUGUCAACCACUUCAAAGACCCAGUGGUGGUCACAGUAGGCCUUCAGCUCAUCCAGCUCAUCAGCGUGGAUGAAGUAAAUCAGAUUGUCACUAGCAAUGUGAGACUUAAGCAGCAAUGGAAAGAUGUAAACUUGCAAUGGAACCCCGAUGAAUAUGGUGGAAUAAAAAAAAUCCGAAUACCAUCAUCUGAUAUUUGGCGCCCUGAUCUUGUUCUUUAUAAUAAUGCUGAUGGAGACUUCGCAAUCGUGCACGAGACGAAGGUGCUGCUGGAGCACACCGGCAUGAUCACCUGGACCCCGCCUGCCAUCUUCAAGAGCUACUGUGAGAUCACUGUGUUGUACUUCCCUUUCGACCUUCAGAACUGCAGCAUGAAACUGGGAACAUGGACGUAUGAUGGCAACCUGGUCGUGGUCAACCCGGACAGUGACAGGCCAGACUUGAGUAACUUCAUGGAGAGUGGCGAGUGGGUGAUGAAGGAUUAUCGUAGCUGGAAGCACUGGGUGUACUAUGCCUGCUGCCCCGAAACGCCCUACCUGGACAUCACCUACCACUUCCUCAUGCUCCGGCUGCCCCUCUACUUCAUCGUCAACGUCAUCAUCCCCUGCAUGCUCUUCUCCUUCCUCACAGGCCUGGUCUUCUACUUGCCCACUGACUCAGGGGAGAAGAUGACCCUCAGCAUCUCUGUUCUGUUGUCCCUGACCGUGUUCCUGCUGGUCAUUGUGGAGCUGAUCCCAUCAACCUCCAGUGCUGUGCCCCUCAUUGGGAAGUACAUGCUGUUCACCAUGGUGUUCGUCAUCACAUCCAUCGUCAUCACUGUCAUAGUCAUCAAUACUCACCACCGCUCCCCAAGUACCCACACCAUGCCUCAGUGGGUGCGUAAGAUCUUCAUCGAGACAAUUCCCAACGUCAUGUUCUUCUCGACAAUGAAGAGGCCGGCCAAGGACAGGCAGGACAAGUCCAUCUUCACUGCGGAUUUCGAUAUCUCUGACAUCUCGGGAAAGCCCACCCCGCCCUCCGUUACUUUUCAGUCGCCCAUCAUUAAAAACCCUGACGUCCGCAGUGCCAUUGACGGAGUCAAGUACAUCGCUGAGACCAUGAAGUCUGACGAGGAAUCCAAUAAUGCUGCUGAGGAGUGGAAAUUUGUUGCCAUGGUGCUGGAUCACAUCCUGCUGUGUGUGUUCAUGGCCGUGUGUAUCAUUGGCACGUUGGGCGUGUUUGCUGGCCGCCUCAUUGAGCUCAACAUGCAGGAUUGAUACACAAGGAGGCGAUGAUGUCAAAUCGGGCGUAACCUUGUUUUCCACAUUGCGUAUGUUUAUGUUGGGUAAAAUGCAACAUAAAUAUUUCAUGCAUUCAUAAAUAUUUACAAACGUUUUGCAUGUGACUAUAGUUUUUAACUUUUCAAUCAAAGUGUAUUAUUAUUUAAACUGUAUGACUUAUUAUUGUGUUGAAUAUUUGUUGAAUUGGGGAUUCAUUUUGUUAAAUUGAACAGGUAGGCUAAUCCUACACAAAUAGGCACUGAUAUUAUACACCCGCCAUAUGUAUAAAUAACAAGCAUCUAUGCCUCCAUUUACCAUUUAAGUCAACUGUAAACGUGGUCGAGUUUUACUAAUUGCAUUAGCCAUUAAAGGCAUAGCAGUUUAAAGCAUAGGUAUUGCAUGAAAUUAUCUCCAGUUUUUCUCUCAGACUUGUAUCCUGCAACAAAGUAACAGCUGAGUUUGACAAUUCAUCUUUCAUUCAAUUGUAUAUUAAUUGCAUCAAACAUUUUUAUAUUUUCUUCCGAGCGGCAACAAUAAAACAAGAAAGUCAAGUCUA